CACACAUGACCGGCUAAGCAUAUCACAAAACAUACCCUCCCUCUCUCUCUCUCUCUCUGAGAGUCAUCUGUAUUUCUGUUUGUUUCUCGGGAAAAUUCAAGAAAGAAAAAUCAUGGUGGUGGUGGAAGAAAGAGGUAUGGAAGCGGGGCUCCUUCAACGUAAAGACCAAAACGACAACGAAGACUGUCGUGUCACUGCAUGUGCGAUCCUCAGCACCUUUGUUUCUGUCUUUUGCUCCUUCAGCUUUGGCUGUGCCAGCAUUUACACUUCUGGUUCUCAGAAAGGAAUUAUGCAAGACUUGGACCUUUCCAUUGCUGAACUGCCGGUGCGUUAUUGAGUGGCAAAAUGGCUGGGAAUAUCGGCAGAAGAGGAACUAUGUGGAUGGCCGAUUUCUUCUGCAUCACGGGUUGGCUCUCGAUAGCUCUCGCUAAGGAUGUGUUGUGGCUGGAUUUUGGGAGAAUCUCCACGGGGAUUGGACUUGGCUUGAUAAGCUACGUGGUACCUGUUUAUAUAGGAGAAAUUUCUCCAAAACAUACUCGGGGUGCUUUUACAGCUUCCCAUCAGGUUCUUCAAAACUGUGGAGGCGCCGUCGUUUAUUUUUUUGGGUCUUCCAACAAUUGGCGAAUGCUUGCUAUAAUUGGUGCUCUACCAUGUUUACUUCAAGUUUUGUGUUUGUUCUUUGUACCGGAGUCCCCAAGAUGGUUGGCAAAAGUUGGUUUGGAAAUUCAAACCGAAAAUUCUCUUCAUAGGCUUAGAGGAAAAGAUUAUGAUAUUUCAAGGGAGGUCACAGAAAUUAGAGUUAUGAACGGAAUAUUGGAACGAGAUUCAAAAUCGGGUUUUGGUGAUUUGUUUCAGAAGAAAUAUCGGCACACUCUCGUGGUGGGAAUAGGUUUAAUGUUAAUACAACAAUUCUCGGGAAGUGCUGCUGUUUUUUACUACACGAGUACCAUUCUUACAAAAGCUGGCUUUUCCGUGGCCAUUGGAUCAACGAUAUUAGGGCUUCUCAUGGCUUCUGCUGCUGGGAUGGGCGUAAGCUCCGCAAUUCUUGGAGCUUCAUUCACAUUACAGAAAAUGCAAUUGGUGCCAGAACUGACUCCAACGUUUACAUUUCUCUGUAUAAUGAUGUACAUUGUAACUUUUCAACUAGGCGUGGGAGGGCUCCCAUGGAUGAUCAUGUCUGAGAUAUUUCCUAUGAAUAUAAAAGUUUCAGCUGGGACUAUAGUAACGUUAACCUCAUGGUUAAGCGGCUGGCUCGUCACUUACACUUUCAAUUUCAUGUUGGAAUGGAGCCCACAAGGAACAUUUUACAUAUUUUCGGUUAUAUGUGGAGCAUCGUUGGUUUUUAUUUGGUUGCUCGUACCGGAAACCAAAGGACUCACUCUCGAAGAAAUUCAAGCUACGCUCACUAGCCAGCCUGAUGCCCGUUUAGGUGUAUUGCAGAUGUGAUCAGUAGCCAAUCAUCCAUCAACAAGGGUGUGCCGAUGUAGAGGACUUCUGUGAGAGAAUAAUGCCUCGAGCAAUCCUGUCGAGGGAUGAUCGAGCCUUUUCCAUGGAGGACGAGUGCUUUUUUAUUUUUAUAAUCCAAAAAUUUACCAAACCUUUGGUACAAUCAAAUCUUUAAUAAGAUCGGAAAAGUCUGUAUAAAUGCUCCUCCCCAGAUUUGUAUUUGGAUGCGGAUAAGAAAAUGUUUUGUAUGUUU